CUGAACUCAGAAAUGGAGGAGCAUUUUCACUUCGGCCUCAGCAUCUGCAUCCUCCAGGUGCCGUCCACGUUCAACUUGCAUGACUGAUGCCCACCACCUCGUGUUCACGCAAUGGAUGCUCUCUGCUCAUUGCAGCCCCACGGGGACGGUGCUGGAGCAGCAGCGGCGGCGGUUGAGUGGCUGGAGGAGUUCCUGGACCUGUCCGACUGCGAACCGCGGGAGGUGGUGGAGAGCACUGACUCCAUCCUGUACAUCCGGCUGCUCUAUAGGAUGGACGGCCUUGUGCACCGGGUGGGUCGCGGGGGGGAACGCUGUAAUUAAUGCAUGUGACAAAGGUCUGUCUGUCUGUCUGUCUGUCUGCAGGUUGAGCUUUUGGUCUGUCCCCCUUUGGCGCGCUACAUGCGCACCGCCUCUCACCUGGCUGUGAACAGCCUGGGAGUCAUCUUCUUUCUCGAUGGUGCGUACCUAUAGGUCAUGGUGGAAGGGAAGGGGCAUCCACAUUUUCUACCCUCUGUGUGCCACUGUGCCGCACAGCUACCGACCAGCCGUGUCUCGAUCACUUGGACGAGUGGGUGGCGGCGGCAAACCGAUUCGCCCCCCCGACGGGACCGAAGCCGUCCAUUGUCGCCUACCAUGACGUAUGCCCGCAUAGGGUGCACCGCUCACACAUACUUACAAGAUGACAUUGAUGCGGCCAUCCUUUGCGCGUUUUGGGUGCAGGGGACGGGCAGGUCGGGAGCAGGUGCGAUGGAGCGUCCCGCCGGCAAUCUCCGUGAGCAGGACAUCUGGCAGAAGACAGCGCAGCUGCAGCUGCCCGUUGUGAAGCUGCAGAGACCGCGGUGGACACCCGACACAUAAGGAGAGACAGAAAUGGGACAACAGGGUGAAGGGAAGAGACGUUUCUUUGUCCAUUCCUUGGUCUGUCAUGACAGGUCCCAGCCGUCCCAGCCGUCCGACUUGGAGUUCGAGUCGCAUGGUGUGAUGGUGCUGCAGAGCUUUGAGGGAUUGCUGCGCUACGUGCUGCACAAAUGGGUGGCGGAGAGGCUUCCAAGUCCACCGGAGCCGUCAGCCCUGCUGCUUUCAGACAUCAGUAUUGGUAAACACAUGUGCCGAUGCAAUGUCCAUAAAGCUAGGCGUUGUUGCUGGACUGUCGUGAGCAGGUCCAACCGUGUUGACGGAUGAAGGCUACAUAAAGGUGCGCACAAGACAGUGGCGGAGACACAGCCACACACUCAUGGUCCCUCCCUCAUGUCUCCACUGUCUUUCCCUCUCGAAACCCGUGAAUGCAUCGCAUCGCAGGCUCUGUUUUCAUCCCACGGCAUUCAAUCGGAUCCACCAGCCCACCCGCCCCAGCCCCACCCCAAUCCCAGCAUGCCCCCCGCCCCUCCAGGAACAUCGGCAUAUUCCCCGCCAUAUAAUGCUGUUCCCACCGACCAUGGCUCAUACCCGCCAUCCCAUCCACCACCAGCCGCCGCCGCCAUGGCCAUGGAUGGGCUGUUCGCAUCCCAGCCGUGGGAGCCGGGACAGCAGAGUUGAUUUGGUGGUGGAGGAGGCAACAAGGCGACGAGGCAUGCGGCUAGGGGCUGAGACAGACAGACAGACAGACGGGCGGGCUGGCGUCGGUGUGUUGGUCUCUGCAUUCCUUUGGCGCCUCUCUCACAUGUGUGUAGGUCGGGGUGAGACGACCGAGUGUCUGGGUGAGUGAGGGACCCCGCGGUGAUUUGUUGGUUGCUUGCUUGAUGAUGUGUCUGGUUGCAACGUUCUCUGCGCCUAUGAGUGAGGACCAUUCCCGGCAACUUUGCAAUCAAUCAUUGUCCUGUCCUG